CGAGCAGUUUGCACUCGCGAUGAUGCAACCUUGGAAGCGCAUCUGGGACAGCCCUGGAGGGCCACAGGGCACUGACAGGUGGUGACUAAGCGGCCCAGCGCUGCGCUUGCCCGUUCUGGCGCGCCUACAUGCGCAACCUCAGUCGAGCUCCCAGCCAGCGCCGUUGACAGCUGCAUCGCGUACAACGCCCGCGCUAAUAGUCUACCACGGCCCGGGCAGUGUUCCGCCAUGUCGUACUUCUUCUCCACCCCCGUCGACAUCGACAUCGUCCUCGAGGACUCCGACGAGCGCCAGACGGUCGACGUGAAGCUCGACAAGAACCGCAAAGAGAAGGUCCCGCUGUACCUCGAUGGCGAGUCUGUCAAGGGCCAGGUCACGAUAAGGCCCAAGGAUGGCAAGCGCCUGGAGCACACGGGCAUCAAGGUGCAGUUCAUCGGCACAAUCGAGAUGUUCUUCGACCGCGGCAACCACUACGAGUUCCUCUCCCUCGGCCAGGAAUUGGCAGCCCCCGGCGAGCUCCAGCACCCGCAGACAUUCGACUUCAACUUCAAGAACGUCGAAAAGCAGUACGAAUCCUACAAUGGCAUCAACGUCAAGCUGCGCUACUUUGUGCGCGUCACCGUGUCGCGGAGGAUGGCCGACGUGGUUCGGGAGAAGGAUCUAUGGGUGUACUCAUACAGGAUACCGCCGGAGACGAACAGCUCAAUCAAGAUGGACGUGGGUAUCGAGGACUGUCUGCACAUCGAGUUUGAAUACUCCAAGUCGAAAUACCAUCUGAAAGAUGUCAUCGUGGGAAGAAUAUACUUCCUCCUGGUGCGGUUAAAGAUCAAGCACAUGGAGCUUUCUAUCAUACGGAGAGAGACGACGGGUGCCCCGCCCAAUCAGUACAACGAGAGCGAGACCUUAGUUCGAUUCGAGAUCAUGGACGGCUCCCCUUCGAGAGGAGAAACAAUCCCUAUCAGGCUCUUCCUCGGCGGUUUCGACCUAACCCCCACCUUCCGAGAAGUCAACAAGAAGUAUUCCACGCGAUACUACCUUAGCUUGGUACUGAUCGACGAAGACGCGCGGCGCUACUUCAAACAGUCUGAGAUCGUGCUCUUUCGGCAAGCACCAGAAGGCCUGACCCUGGCCCAGGAGCAGAACAAAUUAAUGGCAGUCUCAUGAAGAUUUCGGUGCAAGCUUUUGGCGAUGCGCGCGCAAGAAGAGGCGAGUUUGAUGGAAUAGAGUGCGCCAAGUUGCUCGGCCUCGUGGCUUCAUUUCUACACACCCGACUGCAACCCUCCCAAUCCCAGGAACCAACGCCUUGCAUAUGCUCCAUCCACAGGGUCGGGAGUUCGAUUAUCGGUGCUCUCCCGCACUGUCGGCAACGUAGAUACCACAUUGUAGCACAAGAAUAGUAAUGCCCAGGAAGAUCCAAUGGGGUAAUUUUCCCCGGUAUCCCACGC